CGCGGCGCGCGGCGUGCAGUGAGCGUCGAGCCGGAGGAGUGAGCGGUCGCCGUGCAGGCAGGCAGCGUACGUUGCGCUCGAGCCCAUACUGUUGCGCCGCCGGUGUAGCUGCGGUAUAAAGUCGUCGGCGUCGUUGCUGCUGCUGCUGCUGUGGUGGUCGACGUUUGUGAAGUGCAAUAAACCCCCCCGGACCUCCGACCUGGCCGCGGGGUCGUGCGGCAUGGCCAGCUGUAGCAGAGGGCGCGCGAGGUGCAUCGAGAGCGAGCACCACCACCGUCCCGGACGUCCUGGUCGAGCGCGCGAACAGGAGGCGAGGAGGAGUGAGCGAUGACGGCGGACAAGAAGAAGGCCAAAAAGCCCGACAGCAAGUGGCCUCACCUGCGGUACAGCCGGGCCGCGUCGCGCCGGGGACCCGCGGAGCAGGCCGAGCACGGCGCCGACGUCUACCCGGAGGUCCCGCGGCGACCACCGCGCGCGCGGUGCAGGCCGUGCAGGGUGACAUGCGGGCUCCUGGUCGCGCUGCUGGUGGUCCUGCUGCUGACGGGGUCCGUCCUCCUCUGCCUCACGGACUUCUUUGAGACUAUGAUCCGAAAGGGGCUGGUGUUCCAAGAGGGCGGGCCGCUCUUCACGGGCUGGAAGGCUCCGCCGCUCAAGCCGCUGGUGCGCGUCCGGAUAUUCAACUACACCAACACCAACCAGUUCCUGGAGGGGUUCGACGAGAAGCUGCGCGUGCAGGAGCUAGGCCCUUACACCUACAGAGAGACUCUGGAGAGGAUCAACAUCCGCUUCCACGACAACGGCACCAUGUCGUACAACGAGAGGCGCAGCCACGUGUUCGAGCCCGAAGAGGGCAACCCGUCGAGGGAGGACGACGUGGUGGUUGUGCCCAACCUGCCGCUCAUAGGCGCCGUAGCGCAGGCGGCCAAGAUGUCCAUGUGGUCCCAGCUCGGGGUCAACACGUUCCUCAUGAUCAACCCCCCGGGCGAGUUCGAGACGCUGCGCGCCCGCGACUUCCUCUUCGGCUACGACAACUCGGUCUACUCGCUGGCCAAAGGGGCCAAUGCCGUCUUCGGCGGCGGCCCGCUGCCAAAGUUGGGCCUCUUGAGCACGCGCUCGGGGGUGAGCAACGACACCUACACGGUGUGGACGGGUCGCGGGGACGUGUCUCGGCUGGACGUGGUGACGCGCUUCAACGGGCGCGCGCAGCUCUCGGCCUGGGAGAGCGACGACUGCAACCGCAUCGACGGCUCGGAGGGCGCCUUCUUCAACCUGGACGCGCUGCGCGACCGCCGGCCCGUGCACCUGUUCAACGCGGGCAUCUGCCGCCGCCUCGCGCUCGAGUUCAAGGGGGAGACGACCGUCAUGGACGGCAUCCCCGCGCUGCGCUACGGCCCGCCCGACAACUUCUUCCACAACGGGCUCGACAACAGCGACAAUGCGUGCUACCGGCACUCCAGCUUCGACUCGCACCUGCCGUCGGGCGUGUUCAACAACUCGCCGUGCUCCUACGGGUCCCCAACCUUUUUGUCAUUCCCCCAUUUCUACCUGGGUGACCCCUCCCUAAGGGAGGUUGUCGAUGGCAUUGACCCACCAGACCCUGAAAAGCAUGGGAUGUAUUUCACCGUACAUCCGCGAUUGGGUAUGAAUUUGGGAGCAGUUUCACGAAUUCAAAUCAACACUAUGAUACCAAGGGCAUCUGCCAUGUCUCAUUUCAAGCGAUUCACGGAAGGAGUAAUUCUUCCUGUUGCCUGGGUGGAAACGAACGCUGUCCAGUUUCCGGAAGAAACUAAACGAACUGUGUAUCAUGCCACUUUUACUCUGCGUGCCGUGGAGCAAGGAAUGAUGUAUGCCUUCCCUCUUCUUACGGUUGUUUUUGCCCUCAUUUUAGCCUGUAUUGUCAUCCCUUGUGGAGGCAAAUCUAUCAAAGAGCCUCCGAUCCAAGUAAUUAAGCUAGUUUCAAGUGUGUGACAUUACAGCUGUACAUUUGCAGCAGCCUGCAGAGUAUAACAUACAUUAUUGAUCUUCUUUGAUGUUACUAUCAAUGUAUUUAUGUGGCAAACUGCUUAAAUCUAUAAUUUCUGAGAAUGCCUCCGGAUUAUCUCCUAUAAUAGUAAUGGUGCUAUUAUAAACAAAAAUGGGUCCAAAUAAUUUAGAAAUCAGACAUUCUUUCAGAUGAUUGUGUAUAUUUGAUAUUAAUGCUCAUUUAUUUGGUAAAAGUAACCAAAGAAAGUUUUUAAAUAUGUGUUCUAUUUUUUUUAAGCCUCUUCAAAUGGUCUAUUUUGCAUUCCAUAUGAAAGUACUGACUGAGUAUAGGUUUUUAAUCUUAGCUUGGAGAUAAGUAUAAAAGUAUUUAUGAUGUUAAAAAUGCAACAAGAUGAUAUUUGUUGUUUAAAAUUGUUUAUUUUCCCAACGAUCACAUUUUAAGGGACUAAGCAUAGUUAUUACUUAAGCUCUGUUAGUAAAGUAGGUUUCACAACUAUAUUUGGAAUUGUCUUGUACCUUAUCUACAAUAUUGUUUUGAUAUUGUGAUAUAAAGGUUUAAACAUAAUUUAGAAAUUGACCAUGUCCAUAAUGUUAGUGCAUGUUACAUUUACUAUAUAAGUCAUAUGUGAAAUAUCAUUUAGGGUGAGUAAGUUACCAUCUAGAUACUGAAAAGAUGUGUGAUAUUUAAGAAAUCAAAAAUUACAUCUAGUAACUGUAGAAGGUUGUGAACUUUGACAAGUAUGAGAGUAUUUUUAUACUGUCUAGUUUUAAGACAAUUCACCCCUUUGAUCUCCUUUCUUUGAGUACUUUGAGUACAAACAGAAACAAUACAAAAGAAAUUAGGCACAGUGUUAUUUUGCACACGCUUCAAGACUGUGAAUAAUGAAACCUCUUCUGUUAAAUUUUGUAACUCCCUUUGACUGUUACCAUCUGUAUAUGAUCCGCAAACAGAAACAAUACAAAAGAAAUUAGGCACAGUGUUAUUUUGCACACGCUUCAAGACUGUGAAUAAUGAAACCUCUUCUGUUAAAUUUUGUAACUCCCUUUGACUGUUAUCAUCUGUAUAUGAUCCGCUUGCAUAUUCUUGUGCCAUAGAUGACAUUAUUCACUGUGAUAGUAGCGUACUAAUGUAAUUAGAUAAAUAGAAGUGUCAAAAUUUCCAUUCCAUAUCCCGCCCUGAGAGAGAACACAUUUUCAUGGAUAAGCAUAUUUCAUAUUAAUGUGUUGAUAGCUUGUAAUCUCACCCAUGUACCAUAAGUACGGUGCUGCUACAGUGUAGCGCAUUGUUCUAUUGCUGUUUUGAGCUGUCGAUCAACAGCAAACGCUGUCUUUUUGUUACUUGUUUUGUAAAGUUAUAAAGUUGUUCCAAUUAAUUUUUGCUCUUAAUUAAUUGUUGUUGAAAUAUGGGGUAUAGUGGUGUGAUGUUACCCCAUUUUUAAUUACAAUUUAUGUUCCUAAACUUGAGUGCAUUAAAAGUACAAAGUGAA